UCUCUCUCUCUCUCCCUCUUUCUCUCUCCUCAUUCCUCCGAUUCACUCUCAUCUCUUCUCCUUACCUUUCUUCUUUCAUUGCCACUUCACCUUCUUCCUUUAUGCCUUCUGUUUCCCUCAGCUUUAACCAAUUUCCUUUCUCCUUUCUCUCCCCCAUGGAUUUUCACAAGCACUUCGUCCUCAUUCCUUCCCUCUACAUCUGAUCCGUUGUUUUCCCCCAUACCCACCAACAAAUAAAUCAGUCACUACCCACUUCGCCAUCUUCCUCCUCCUUGUUCGUAUAUGUAGCUUCUGGUUCCGCAAUUUUCUUGUUCUGUUUAUCUCAUGGAUUUCCGCAAGCUCUUCAUCUUCAUUUCUUGCGUCCACUUAUGAUCCAUUGUUUUUCCUUAUACCACCCAGAGAGAAAAUCAGUGCCCACGUCGUCAUCUUCCUCCUUCGUCCUUCUGGCACCGUGAGAAAUUCCUCAUGGCCCUCGAAACUUUGCUUGUCAAGGUCAAAACUGCGGUAACCAACAGCUUCGACUCCGUUCGACCCUCGAAGCCGAGUCUCCUGAAGAAGCCGUCUUUCAAGUCCAAUAAACGACAUGUUGUCGGAGUAUUGGCCUUCGAAAUCGCUGGACUCAUGUCGAAGCUCCUCCACCUCUCUCACUCACUCUCCGAUCCCAGCAUAAUCCGUCUGCGAAACGACGCCGUUUCCCUGGAAGGCGUCCGUAAGAUCAUCUCCAACGACGAGUCCUUCCUCCUCAGCCUCGUCUGCGCUGAGUUCGCCGAAAACCUCAGGAUCCUCGUCGAUUCCGUCUCUAGACUCUGCCUCAAAUGCCAAGACCCGAAUAUCCGAUCAUUCGACCCUAUAUUCCGCGGGUUUGCCGGUUCGGGGAUCGACCCGAACCGCUGGGUCCUGUCGGGUCCGAAAGAAAUCGAAGCCUGUCACAAGAAAAUGGAACGUUACGUGACUCUCACGGCAGCGUUGUACAAAGAAAUGGACGAAAUUUCAGUUUUAGAAAGUGGGCUGAGAAAGACUCUGCAACACUGUAACGAUAACAAAGAGCAGAAGAAGGCAUAUGAGCUUCAACAGAAGAUUUUCUGGAAGAAACAAGAGGUAAAGGAUCUGAAAGAUAGAUCUUUAUGGAAUAGAACCUUCGAUUCUGUGGUUCCAUUGCUUGUGAGGACAAUUUUCACUGUUCUAGCUAGAAUCAAGCAUGUUUUUGCGAUAGGCAAUUCUUUUCCCUCUCUGUCUCGUAGUCUAUCAACUUCUGCUGUAAUUUAUCCCUCAGAUCAAAACCAGAACGCUUCUUCUUGUACAUUUGUUUCUGGGCCAUUGAAAAGUCCAGAGCUUGAAGAUGAUAAGAAUGAUUCAAUAUCUGGGUUUUUUGAAUCUCAUUGCAAUCUCUUAAACCCACCUCCUAGUACUCUUGGUGCUGCAGCUUUGGCUCUGCACUAUGCCAAUUUGAUCAUAGUGAUGGAGAAGAUGAUAAAGUCGCCUCACUUGGUUGGACUGGACGCAAGAGAUGACUUGUACGCUAUGUUGCCCAAUAGCAUAAGAUCAUCGUUAAGGUCAAGAUUGAAAGGAGUAGGGUUUUGUGCAAGUGAUGCUGUGCUUGCCGGAGAAUGGAGGGACGCAUUAGGGAGGAUUCUGGGGUGGUUAUCGCCAUUGGCACAUAAUAUGAUUAAGUGGCAGAGUGAAAGAAGCUUCGAGCAGCAGAAUUUGGUGCAGAAAAGUAAUAAUGUGUUGCUGUUGCAGACUUUGUUCUUUGCUAAUAAAGAGAAGACUGAAGCUGCCAUAACCGAGCUGCUUGUUGGGUUGAAUUAUAUCUGCAGAUUUGAGAGAGAAAUGACUGCUCAAGCUCUGUUUCAGUGUGCCAAUCUCAAUCUUGGUUUGCUUAAUUUGCAGAAACCUUGCUAGAGAUUUUCAUAAUUUUGGAUGAGGAAAUAAUAUUCGUUUUUUUCUUGUCUGUUCGGUUAAUUUAGUCAGUUCAGAUAGAAAUUUAGACCAUUUAGAUGAAUCAGAGCAUAAGAAUUUACUCAAAACAAAUACUUUUAUGCUUUGAAAGAAGAGAAAUCAGAGUGCAGAUUUUGGAUCUCUUGGGUUCUGUUUUUUCUGAUAUGGUUUCUUUUUCAUAUUUGAAGUGGCUUUGAUUUUACAUAAGCUGAAGUAUGUUGGUGGGAUCAUUGUAUAUGGGAGUAUAGACAUAUAAAUGUGUAAAUGAUUUGAGUUUUGAGUAAACUCUGUUCAAGAAAUGCAGGAUGAUUAUAUAUUCAUAAAUACUUUUUCUUCUAA